GAAUGCCAAAAGAAGGGAGAAGCUGUAAAGAAGAAAUUUCACUUGCUAGAGAAAGAUAUUGAGGAGAUGUCGGAAAAGCUUGAAAACAAGAAGAAACAAUUUGAUUAUAUUCAAGGACAACUGAGUUCGGAUUCUUCAAAUGUUGAGGUAAAAAAGAAAGAAUAUGAAGGGCUGCAAAGAGGCAUUGAGGGACAGAUAAAGGAGCUUAAAGAGUGGUUUGCUGCUCGAAUGAAAGACAUUGAGUUGAAGGAGAGGCAAAUUGAAGAACGAAUGAAGAAACUCGAUUCAAAAGAGAAGCAAUUUGAAGGCCAAUUGGAGGAAGUUGAAUCAAUCAGGAAGAAGUAUGAAAGCAAAUUGAACGAGAUCCUAUUCAAAGAGAAGCAAGUUGAAGCUCAAUUGAAGGAGCUUGAGGUUAAAAUGAUGCAGCAUGAAGCAUCUGUAAAAUCAUUCAGAGAGCAAAAACAAGAAGUUGCAAAUUACACAGAUAAUCAAUCUUCUACUGAUGAAGGGAGUUUUCGACUUUUCUCAAGCGAGCCAAAUGAUACUGACAUUUUAGAUGUUCUCCGGUCAUCAUCAGAUCCAGCAAAAGUCAUUUUGGAUAUUAUGAAGGAUCCUAUGGAUUCACAUGACAAGAAGGGAGAUCAAGCUAUGGCUAUAGAUGAUAGCCACAUCUUCCUUCUUGAGCAGCUGAUGAAAAUCUCACCAGAUAUUGAAUCUCAUGUUAGAGAGGAGUCAAUGGAGCUUGCUCUAAAUAUGAAAGCUAAUAUGAGAUUAAGUACUGACAAUUCAUUGGUGGUUCUGAGUUUCCUAAUGAUCUUGUCAAUUUAUAAACUAGUUUCCUCCUUUGAUGAAGAUGAAGUUUUAAAGCUUUUUGAAAUUGUUGCUCACCACAAGCCAUCUAUUGAGCUCUUCCGGAUGAUUGGUUUCGCAGAUAAAAUCUCUGAUUUUGUUGAGAAUCUUAUCAAGAAUGAGCAGUAUAUCGAAGCUGUCGGAUUUAUUUGUGCAUAUGACUUGGCAGAGAAGAAUCGAGCGGCUGAUCUCUUUCGAGAGCAUGUGAACAAGGCAAAAUUGACAUGUGAGAGCAGCUGCAAGGAACCUACGUCUAAGUCUAGUAAGAUCAGAGCCGCAAAACAAGAAAUCACAAGCCUCAAAACUGUUCUGCAGUGCAUUUCGGAGAACAACAAAAAAUGUGAAGAAUUGGUUAAAGAGAUUCAAGAUCGCAUUCUAGAGGUAGAAAAGCUUAAGAGAAUGAUUAUAAUGGCCUCUAUCAAAAAAAAUUUACAAUACCUUUUGUAAGCUCAGCUUUUUUUAUUUAGUAGCCGCAAUAAUUAGGUAUGCCAAUUGUUGUGGUUAGAUAGAGAAGUCAUUUUCUUUUUGCAUGAGCCCAUGAAUUCAUGGAGGAUUUGUACCUUUUGUAAAGUUUAAUAGACAAAAUUUUUAGAAAGGA